GAAACCCUCUGGCCAUCUCCAGGACUUUGCUGCCCUCCAAUGGCAUAUGCUGGAUCUGCCUCAAGGGAUCCAGCAGCAAGAGCCGGCUGGGGCCCUUGGGUUCAAGGAACACAUCCUGGACGCUCCCAACCCCGCACCCCCUUUAGAAAGAUGGAGCUUGGGCAGUAGCAGAGUCACACUCUCUUCACACAGGUGCUGGCUUCCAGUGACUGCACUAAUACCUUGCUGCAAUAUGGUGCUUUUCAUCUGCAGAUCUCAAAGCACUCUACAAAGGCGGGCAAUAGCACUAUCCCAUUUUACAGCUGGGAAAAUCGAGGCACAACAUGCUGCAAUGGGCCAGUGACAGAGUCAGGAAUAGAACCCAGCUCUCCUGAGUCCCAGUCCAGUGCUCUACGGUCUAGGCAACACUGCCCCCCUUUCAUAGAUCACACACACCUUGGCCCCCCAGGCUCUCUGGAAAGAACAGUCUGCCUUGCCCUCCUGCCUCCAAGCACUUCUGGCAUCCUGUCAGGGGUGCUAGACAGUAACACAGGGGCCAGAGCACCAUAUGCUUUAAAAGACACUGGCGACUGACUCUCACCCCAAAAUAGCAACCCCUCCCCCCCACACUGACAAACAAACAACCCCCGGCGGCUGCAUCCCCAGCAAACAGUGCAAGGUUUCAAUCUCACGGGCCGAGCGCUCCAUCACUCCGCCCAUGACCGAGGUGGGAAGGGAGGGGGAAUGUGAGAAUAGUCCACCACUCAGCGACCAGGGUUCAGAUCCACAGCUGGAUUCAGGGGCCAGUUAGACUCACGACAGAGAAAGUUGAUAGCUGCAGAAUUUGGAUCCUGACCCUGCUGCAGAUCUGAACUUCCCCAGAGCCUGCAGGUGUUUGGAUCUGGGGUGGCUGAGGUGAGGGCCCCUUCCUGCUCCAAACUGAUGAAGGGUUCAGACAUCAGAGAGAGGAGGAAUAGUUUAAUCCUGGUAAAGGGAGGUGUCUCUAGGAGUGAAGGGACCAACUGAGGCAAGGGACCAUCGAGGCUGACAUCAGAAAACUUCCUGAUGGUGAGAACAGUGGAAUAGUCUCCCAGAGGAAGAGAUGGGAGCCCUAUUGGUUGAGACAUUUAAAACUAGACUUGGCCAAUUCCUAGUCAUUGUACUGUCCCGUGCUGGCCCUUUCCCAGCACUUGUCAUGCAUGGAUCUCAAAGCACUUUACCAGGGAAAGGGAGUAUCAUUGUUCCCAUUUCACAGAUGAGGGGAAGGGAUUUGCCCAAGCUGACACAGUCCGAGUUAGUCCUUCCUCCCACCCCCUCCCCCCAGCCAGUAGGAAACACACCCGGGGCAGAUGUGCCACAGAUGCCAUGAUGGACUCUGGUGACAUCACAAACCAUGUGAUGAGCAGCUGAGUAUUUCCAGCUGGGGGCCUAUCUGAAGCCACUGUUCUGGGCCCCUGGGAAUUCCGGUUCUAGAGCACAGCCCCCUCCGCCCCCACCCCCAGCCGGUUCUUGGUGUUUCCUUCAGAAGCCGCCAGGCAGCGAGGCAAGAAGAUGGAGUACUUAGAGAUGUGCACCCGUAAAAACAUGCUCAGCGUGGCCACGGGAGCCGGGGCCAUCUACCUGCUCUACAAGACCAUCCGAGCAGGCCUGAACAGCCCCCCCUUCAGCCUGGAGCCUGUCAGCAUAGCCAGACUCGCCAUAGAGCCUGGGAAUUUUGGUGUGAAAGAUUCCGGAGAGCUGCGAAGACUCCUGGUUUCCCUGAACCAGAAGCAGGACGAUUACGCCAAGAGCAUGAUAUUACACAGCAUCACCCGCUGCGUUUACCUGCUGGAGUCAGAGGCCUCAGCCUGUACCUAUGAGGACAUCAGACAGGUGGCCUCAGCCUUGGAUGACAAAGAUAAAGGCAUCAAAAUCCAGGCGUUAAAUGCCCUCAAGGCGUUUGCUGGUAUCCGGAAAUUUAAAAUUAAAAUCCAGGAGUUUGUGCCCAAGAUCCUGGAGCUGGUCACAACCAUCUGGGACACGGAGCUGCACAUUGCUGGCCUGAGGCUGCUGAACGGCUUGCCCUUGCCGGAUCACACCCACCUGCUCCUGAGACGGAUGAUACCUUCCUUGAUGGAGAUCCUGCAGACGGGGAGCCCUUUGACCCAGGUGCAGGUGCUCAAGCUGCUGAGCAACCUGGCCCAGAAAGAAGACCUUCUGUAUGACAUCAUGAACUGCCAGGUGCACCCCGACUUCCUGAACCUCUUCCACACCUCGCUGCCUGGCAACCUGCUCUAUGAGAUGUUGGUGUUCGUGGAGAAGCUGAGUGAGGGGCGCCUGACCCCGCAGUACCAGUCGGUGCACUGGGAGUACAACGAGCUGUCCCUCCAUGAGGCGCUCUUCGGAGAGGACUCCCACCUGGCCGACCGCCUGCUCUCCCUCAUCAUCCACCCGGAGGAGGAGGUGCAGAUCCAGGCCUGCAAGGUCAUCCUGAGCCUCCAGCUCUGCAAGGAGGAGGAGGCCAAAUUCAGCAGGCAGCGCAUCGACUGCUCCUACUUCGAUGAGGACGACAACCCCUGAGCUGGCUCACGACGGGGAUGGGGUAGAGCCAGAUCAGACUAGAAGAAUCACCAGAGGCUAAUAAAAGAGCUCAGG